CAGAGCAAUACGGCGUACCAAUUAUCUAUAAUUCAUGUAUAAGUAGCCCUUUGGAAAAAGAAAAUGCAAACCGAGCCCCACGAGGAUGUUCCAGAUCCGGUGAGAUCCACACCGGUUUACGAAGGUCCGCGACGAAAAAUAGUUAUAGCUCUUGACAGCUCCCGGCACUCUAAGCAUGCUCUCUCAUGGGCUCUUGACAACUUGCUUGAUGUUGACACGGACCAUAUCAUUCUUCUAAGCGUUGGGAUAUUUCAUGAUCGACUCGGGGACGUCAUGGCUGCGGCUUUGGGACCAGUGUAUGAUGCAGAUCGCAUGGAGAGUAUUUCUAAGCAGGCAGAGCAAUAUGCAUCAAAGAUCCUUGAUGAAGCUACGAACGUUAUCAAUGAGCACGCGGAAUAUUUGGGCCAAAAUGCUAAGAUCUCCCACGAAAUAUAUGCCCUGAAAGGAGGUGACCCGCGCGAUGUAAUCGUCGAUUUCUGUCAUGAACGAGCGGCCGAUGUGCUGGUACUCGGCAGUCGUGGUCUGGGUACAUUUCAGAGAACGAUUUUGGGGAGUGUGUCUGAACAUUGUGUUCACCAUGCUCCAUGUCCUGUAGUAGUUGUUCGGGAAGGAAUGUUAGGUCCUAAUUCUGCACAUGCGCAUCCGCACCGAAUUCGCAGAGGCAGAAAUGUAGAUUCUAGUCAACGUGAAGAAUAGGUAGAUGUUGGUUGUAGCAUGAGGGAACGCCAGCUUCCGAAAUGAUGUCUGUAUAAUCUGGCUGUCUGGUUUGUUUACAUGUUGCAGAUGGAAACUGAGAUAUUUUAGAGCCACAAGGGCAAUCAAACUGAAACGACUUUGGAUAUAAGCCGGAUUUCUAGUUAAUAUGAGCAUGCCAGAUCAAC